AUGGAUAGAGAUAUUGAAGAACAGCACUAUUAUUGUCACGCUUGUAAAGUCACCUCCUCUAUUGAUCCCUCUCAACUGCUAUGCCCGAGAUGUGGAAGUGAUUUUCUUCAAGUAGCUGAAAUCGGAGGUCUACAAGGAAAUUUUCAAGCCGAUCCAAAUCCUUUUAUUUUUGAAAUUCAUCGUUCAAAUGAGGAAGAUGCUGAUGUAGGAAAUCAUCGAGAAAACGGAAGACUAGUCAUCAACCCAAGCACUCUAUUUGGAAGGCUUGCUCACGAUUUACCAGAAGGGCAAUCAGAGAUGGAGAGAAGAGAUAUCACUAGGAGAGCUUUGAUCCAUGUUUUAAUGGAACUAAUGGAAGAUGGCUUGGGCCAAAGAAAUGAAGUUUCUCAAGGCUUUAUUGAGAAUUUGCCUGUUGUAAGUAUUGAAAAUGAGCUAAUAGGAAAAGAGUGCAUGAUUUGUAUGGAAUUUUUUGAAAAAGGAAAAGAAGCAAAUAGACUUCAAUGUGGGCAUUUAUUUCAUUCAGAGUGUCUAGUGCCUUGGCUGAGGAUGAAAAAUUCGUGCCCGACGUGCAAGAGGAGGAUUUAA